AUGAAAAAGAUUGCGCUACUUCGGUGCUUGUUCUUUUACCUCUUGAAAGGUACUAUUGGAACUGAUUCUCUGGAGAUUAACGAGUAUGAAAGAGCUAUUUCUACGCUACAACAGAUCGAAGCUAGCUACGAAAGGAAGUUUGUGUACUCUGCAGAUAAUAUAGAAGAUAAUUUAAGGAUUCCACCUUAUGAUCCGAUAAAGAAACAGUAUGAGCUGAAGUACAGAUCGCAACCACCACAAAAGCUAACGAAUGAUGUAAUACCGCUACUAGAGAUCUCAGCAUCAAAGAGUAACCCCAAGGCUUUAAUAAUGUUAGGGGACUUGUAUCUAUUUGGAAACUAUUCUUUGCCAACUGAUUACCAAAGAGCCAAAGAGUAUUACGAAAAAGCAAUAGCGGUAUGGCCUGAUGCGCAUGCAUACUUUAUGUUGGGCUUCAUUUAUUCUACAGGUCUAUUUGGUGAGUUUCCAGUUGAUCAAAAGCGGGCCAACUUGUAUUACCAAAUAGCUGCAGAAAAUGGAGAUUUGAAUGCGUUGCAAGUCGUUGCGUAUAGGAACUUGAAAGGAGUAGGCGUUCCCUCAAAUUGCGAGUUGGCGUUGCCAUAUUAUUCAAAGUUGCUGAAAAUUGGACACGACAUAGAAACAGGGUCCAGUACUCAGACUGAUUAUAAUAUUAGAGUGUCUGACUUUAAUGGUGGGCUAUUUGGAGAAAAAUUAAGCGAAACGGCGUCUUCUGUGGACUUACCUUCAAGAAUGUUUGCCAAUUAUAAAACAACACUUGAGGAGAACAAAAUAAAUGACAACAACCACGAGUGUGCAUCAUUUUACUUCAAGGGUCUCGAAUAUUUAAAGGGUGACUACUUUAGUGAAAGAAAUUUACCAAAAGCUUUCCAAGAAUUUCAAAAAUGUGUGGCUUUGGGUGAAGAGUUCUAUGGCUCCAGAGAGUAUCGGAAUAUUGAUACAAUAGAUCGAGCUUUCUUAAGCUCCUGUCAAGCUACUCUAGGACGCAUGUACUUGGAAGGAUUAUCAGUGGAUAAAGACGCUCAGAAAGCAAAACGAUUAUUUCAAACAUCUUUGAAAUUGCAGGUUACAGCAAAUGUACUCACUCAACUAGGAUUUAUUGAAGAGCAUGGGAUUGCUGGCGAAACAAAUAUAACCAAGGCCAUUGAAUAUUACAGCAGUGCAGCCAGUAAAAAAUCAAGCUCGGGUUCAAAGAGUUUAGCAAAGUUGCUUAUGAAAAUGAAUGCUACAGAUUUUGUCGAAUCAAACGAAAAUAGGGCCCUCAUUUAUAAACACAUGCGACAAGCAGCAUAUUAUGGAAGUACUGAAGCAUUGUACUACGUUGGAACUUUUUUUGAAUCCGGGUUGGCACAGUUGGUUGACCCAGAAGAGCGAGUCACCUGCGCAAAGACAUCUUUAUAUUAUCGAGAAUUUAUAAAGAGGCGAACUCAAUUCUAUGCGCCACAUUUGAAAUAUGCAUUCGAGGAGCUCGCUAGCGGAAAUUUCGGAAAUGCUUUGGUUGGGUACCUGAUUGCUGCCGAGCAAGGCUUUGAGCAAGCACAGGUUUCGGCUGCUCACUUGCUAUAUCAAUUGCAACCUUUGUACUCACGGGAAGAAAAAAAGUCAUUUACUUCAGAUCGAUUGAAUUUGGCUGUUCAAUAUCUUGAUCGGGCGUCUAAACAGGACGAUAUAGAUGCAGCAAUCCUUCUAGGCGAUAUAUUCAGGGGUCAAGAUAAGUUCGCGCAAGUUGAGCCAGAUUACGAACGAGCAUUCAAUUAUUAUAGAAUCGCUGCAGACAGACAUUCGUCGCAUGGUGCAUUCAAGCUAGCUGAGAUGUAUGAAUACGGCUUAGGUGCCGAGAAUCAUUCUGUUGAUUACUUUUUAGCCAAACGAUACUAUGAUCAAAGUUUACAAUAUAAAGGGAAGUUCGAUCUCGAUCGGCAAACACAGCUUUUGAAACCCACGUAUAGUAGUGCUCAUAUAAAUUGGGCUCUAUUGAGGUUGAGAUUUAAGUACCUUUUUGGCAGAGGUGGCGGCAAUAGCCAGGUUGAAGAUCAAGCAAAUGGGUGGUUUAGUGCAUUAAAGUCACUAAGUAAAAAGACAGCCAACCAACAACAAACAUCUGCGCAGCAAAAAGAAUCAAAUGCUAAGGCAGACUCACAUCAUUAUGGUACUUCCUACGAUAACGAAUUUGCCGAAAAUUACGACAUUGGAGACUAUUUGGUGAUUUCUUUGACGUUUAUGUUCUUUCUUGUCUUUUUUGUUCAAAAUGUCAUUCGACAGGUGAGAAGAAUGCGGAAUGACAAUCAGGAAAGAGGUGAACAGAGGGAGGCGGCAAGAGAUGGAGACCAAGCUCGCUGGAAUGGAAAUCAGUUCCACUUUAGGAGAGGUAACUUUGAGUUUCAUUUCUUUGCAAUAUAG